ACGAUAUUCCAUUUACAAGUUAAAAAAUUUCAUCUACCUGAACGUGUACACCAUGCGACCACCGGCAAUGAUUUCUAACCUCACUCGGCCAACAACCAGUGAUUGCCAACGGGUUACGAGCCAACGAGCCAACGAGCCAACCACACGUCACGGAUUCGUGCAAGCCAAACAUGAAUUUCCCCACACUGCGCGCUAUCUAGGGCUAGGGAAUAGAAUAUGUGUGUACUGCUGUAUAUGUGUGUGUGUGUGUGUGUGUAUGUGUACGAGAUCGCUUUUGACACAUAUAACCUAAUUGUGAACAUUUUACAAUUGCGGACGAUCGUAUCAUUCGUAUCUCAUAAAUCUCGAUGAGUGCUACUGAACGCGUCGAAGCAAGCUAGUAAAGGUAAAUUUUGCCGACGUAUCUCAAUAACAUAAUAUCUCUGCGGACAAGCGUUUUGAGGCACAUUUUGUUUUAUUCUGCAACAAAACUUAUUGUGACAAUAAUAAUGAGACGCGAAGCAAUCUCGUCGCUCGCAAUGUGUAACGCCCGCGACGUGUAACUCCUGAAAAGAUGAGUAUGGACUGGAAAGACAGGAUAACGUAACGAUUCCGAGCAGAUUUAACUUGGUACGAGACGACGUGCAACGUAGAUGCAAAUAUGUCUUUGCAACAGUGGAUGCACAUACGACAUAACAUUGACACAGUAUGGAAGAUUUUUGUCAGGGAAUCGUCCAACGUAAAGGAGAAGUCUCCGGAGAAAUGUAUUUGUCAAUUAGCUUUCCAAGGCGACGAGGCGAGGGCUGCCUACGAAGAGAUCGUUCACCAGUCCAGCAACACUAACACGCCACCAAUCGCAAGAUUAAAGUAUUCGAGGUCGAAACACGCCGCGAGCCAAGGCAACUCCGGCACGAGUUCAGCUUCCGUCGCACAGCCGAAGAAGAUCACGCCUUCCGACGAUAGUCCAGCAAAAGUGACAAUCAACACGCUGUUGAAGGCAGUGGAGCAAAAGGACUUAAAGUUCCUGCAGAAACACAUGACAACGGAAAACGUGAAUGUGUCCGAUGACUUCGGUUGGACUCCACUGAUGUCUGCUGCGUACUGCGGUCAUUUGGAAAUUGUGCAGUUUCUCCUGAAUCUCGGGGCUAACAAAAGAACCAGGGACAAGUCCGGUCUUACCGCAGCCCAGUUGGCGUUAAAGAAGAAUUAUCUGAGCAUAGUCGCGCUGCUGAAGAAGAAAUCUGAGAUGAUAAACGGCGUCAAUCAGUUGUCCACAAAUAUUCCAAGUGUUAAUAAUAUAAAUGCAUUAACUGUGAGAUCAAUGCCUAUGGAAUCUCCAAUGGAACAUAACAAAGAACAUAACAAUGCUAUGGAAGAGAAGAUACGACUCAAGCAGAAUGCAACAUUCUAUUGUGAAAUCUGUAAAGCAACCUUUCAAGAGACAACCCUGCAAAAACAUGAGACCUCCACCUUACAUAUCUUUAACACCAAGCCAAAAUUGAAAUACACAAUGUAUGGAAUAUCGAGGCAAAAUAAGGGUUAUAGAAUGCUCUUGAAUACAGGAUGGGAUGAGGAAGCUGGUCUUGGUCCCUCUGGGAAAGGAAUAAAAUAUCCAAUCAAAACCUGUUUGAAAAUGGAUCGCAAAGGAUUGGGACAGUUGGUAGAGAAUGAAUAUAAGAUUACUCAUUUCAAAUCAGGCGACACAACUGCCAUUAAUAGCUCUAAAUCUAAGCCAAAACCUUUUAAAAAAAGGGACAGAGAAAGGCUACUCCACAGAGAGGCUAGGAAAGAAAGAGCUUUGCGUAUAGCAUUAUCUUAAAUAUAAAAAUAAUUCUAAUUUUGAAUGUGACAUUUGUUUCAAGAUUGAUUGUAAUGAAAAUAACUUUUACAGUUCUUAUAUACUUAUGCUUAUGGCGAAUGAUGAGCAAAGAUUAUUGGAACACUUAGAAACAGUUGAAAACAAAGCUGGUGAAAUUCUCACUGAUCGCGAGGAAAUAGUUGCUCUGGACAAGAGGAGAAAUGAUAGUCGUGUUGGAAUGA